AUGAGCAACAAAAAGUGGGGAAAAAACCUUCUCUAUGAUGACUAUGAGGACGACUUAGUGGACUACGACAAUUACGAUGAGGAACAUUACUCCGAGUUUGAGUGCGAAGAACGGACGGACAUUCCUAAAAGGACGGGAAAAGAUAACACCAAAGGGAAGGCACCUGGUAAGAAACCAAACCAGCAGGGUAAGGCCGCCAAGGUGAAGAAGCCAAACCGGCAAGAUGAAGUCACUAAGGUGAAGAAACCAAACCGACAGGGCGAGGCCACCCAAAUGGAGAACCAAAAUGUCACUCCCUCGAACGCCCUCCAGAUUGAGAUCGAACCGGACAGCCAAGGCAACAGGUGCAUCAUGCUGAGCACGCUGAACAUCCUGGUGCUGGGGCACAUCGACGCGGGAAAGUCCACCCUCAUAGGAGCAUUGCUAUACAACCUAAGCUACGUAAGCGAGCAAACGGUGAAAAAAUAUGAACAUGUCAGGGAAAGUUCCAAGUAUACCUUCAUAUUAGACGAGGAGGACGACGAAAGGGAGAGAAACAUAACUCUUUUUAACAAAAAGAAGGAACUCUAUGUGUAUUACACGAAAGGGGAAUUAGAACAGGCCUACAAUCGUGUGGUGGGCACUCAGGGGGGAAGCAAAAAUGGCGCCAAGGAAAGCGCCGACGGUAAGAACGUCAUGCAUGCUCCCCACACGGACAGAACCAUGUUCGCCGAUUUUUACAAAAACAAAACCAUCCACAGCGAUGUGCUCUUUUUAAGGAAAGUAAACAUUUUUGACACCCCGGGACAUAACGAACUGGUGACAAAUUUGCACACGUGGAGCUUUUUUGCAGACUCCGCCAUCCUAGUUGUAGAUGCAAAUAACAUUUACAACAAAAAAAAUGAUGAGACGUACAGAAACGUUUCCAUUUUAGAAGCAGUAGGAAUUUCUAACGUCAUUGUAGCGGUAAACAAGUUAGACCUCUUCGAUUAUGACCCAGAGGUGUUCGAAGAUAUAUGUAAAACGAUAAAGUCUUUUUUUCAGCGUGCCAAAAGUGACAGCAUUUACAAUUUUGUUCUUAGUAAUAACUUCUACGUGAAGGGUGGACAUUCGAAAAAAAGCGGUUCUGCUGCUACGGGGAAUCAUGCACCAUUUGAACCCAAUUUAACCUUCAUUCCCCUUUCUGCGUACAAAAAUUUGAACGUGGUUAAAUUUGAGGAGGAAAAAAGGCCAUUACUGAAUAGCACCUUUAGCCUAUACGAUGAAAUUAAGUACAUGAAUUUAAGGAAAGAUUUAUUUCGGCUAAAAGUGUGUGCAGAAAUUCUGAGCGAUAAAAAGACGGCUCUAACUUCUUACUACAAUUUUUUCAGCAAUAAUAACCUCUUUUUGAAUAACAUUUUUUACAACUUUUGCCAAAAUGGGAAGGGAGACAUAACAAAUUCGGUGAAGAAAUCUCCAAAUGAAGAAGACACAUUUGUGGGAGUUGUCCAAGAUUUAACAGAAUCAAAUAAUAUGAUCAAUGCGAAUAUUAAAGUAUUGCAUGGGUUUUUGAAAAGUAAAAAUAACUACGUCUUAUUACCCGUUGGGGAAAAAAUUACGGUGAAGAAAAUUGAAAAGGACGCCGCUUUGUGUAAAUACGUCAACAUAGAUGACCUUUGUGACUACCUAACCAAUGCGAAGAAUCUUCCUUUCAUAAGGAAGGUGUUAGAACAAGAAGAGGCACCCAAAAAAAGUGACACCCCUGAGGGCAAUGGCAAUGAUAGUGAUACCCUUUGCAGUGCCCACAACGGACAAGACGAGUUCCAAUCCUUUAUGAGCAUUUUACCCAAGAUAAUUGCAUCGUGCCCCAUCAGCAAAAAUGCACAUAUAACGAACGACAUCGUAGAAAACGUCUUCUUAAAAAUUGACGAUAACAAGAUAAAGAACGGAUCCGUUUUGGUAAAUAACGUAACAACCAAUUCACAAAUAAAGAACGCACCUUAUGGGGCAAAAAAUACCACCUUUGCAUGUAACAAGGUGAAAGUGUUAAUAAAAGUGAACCAAGUUAAAAUCCCACUGAUCAUAGGACGAGUGUAUCUCCUAUAUUCCCUAAACUUUUCCCACAGCAUAACCGUUCAAAAUAUUCUCUAUGUGUAUAAAAAUAAAAGCAGUUCCUUAAGUUAUGACAGAGUAGCAGGGGGGAAGGACAAAUUACACGCCGAAUGUAACGCAAAUGAUGUAACACAAAUUAUUGAUUUAAAAAAUUAUGUAAAAAAUGGGAACGUGCUUUACGAAAAGGUGGAUAAUAAAAAAUGCUUACGUAGCGAUGAUAUUGGCGUCAUUGAGCUCCUCGUUAAUGAUAACUCAUUCAUGUGCGCACAACAUUUCAGGCCCGAAUUAAACUACUACAUCUCACAGGACAACCCCUUUUUUAGCGUCUACGACCUUCUUUCAUGCAGCAUCUCGCCCCUCUCUCGCUUUAUUCUCUCUGAGGAAAACAAAAUUGUUGCCAGUGGUUUGGUGAUAAGCGAAGCGUGA